GAAACUGGAGCAGCCUCUGCUGAACAAGCAGGAUGAAGUGCCUUACAGUUCUCUUCACCAUUAUUACUCUCUCCGAAUGUCUCUUUAAGUAAGUUUUCGUUAUAUUGCUGAUAUUUACUUCACAGACAUAUGUGCUUUCUGAUUAACUAAUCAAGCAAGAGAGAAAAGGAAGUGUGAAUUGUAUCUACAAAUCUAAGAAUAUAUAUAGAGAGAGAGAGAGAGAAUGUGUGUGUGUGUGUGUGUGUGUGUGUGUGUGUGUGUGUGUGUGUGUGUGUGUAUAUAUAUAUAUAUACACACACACACACACACACACUUAUAUUUGUGUGUAUACAUAGAUACACACUGCAUCAAACCUAUUCUUAAGUUUUGGGCUAUAGAGUGGAAAGACUAAUUGCAAAAUAAGCACAUUUCCAGGAGAGAAAAAAUACAAGCAUAGUCAUUCAGACCUUUAAAGCCCUAAAUGGCUUUGGCCCUGCAUACCUGAAGGAGUGUCUCUACCCCCAUCAUUUUGCCCGGACACUGAGAUCCUUCUGGCAGUUCCCUCUUUGCAAGAAGUGAGGUUAUGGGGAACCAGAUAGAGGGCCUUUUCAGUAGUUGCACCCUCCUUGAAGGAACGAGGCAGAGGGCCUUCUCGGUAGUGGUGCCCGCCCUGUGGAAUGCCCUCCCAUCAGAUGUCAAGGAAAUAAACAACUACCUGACUUUUAGAGGGCAUCUAAAGGGAGCCCUGUAUGUGGAAGUUUGAAAUGUUUGAUAUCUUACUGUGUUUUAAUCUGUUGUAAGCCACUCAGAGUGGCUGGGGUAACACAGUCAGACGGGUGGCAUAUAAAUAUGUUGUUGUUGUUGUUGUUGUUUGUUUGUUUCUUUUGUACCAGGAUUUCUUUGGAGAGGAGGAAGAGUCUAAGAAAGAUUCUUAGGGAGGAAAACUUGCUGGAAGAUUUUCUUUUGAAAAACCGUUAUGGCUUCUAUUGUCAAUACCUCCCUUUUACAAAAAAUGGCCAGGUGUCUAAGGAACCGCUUCUGGAUUUCUUGGAUGUGAGUUCAUGUUUUUCUAUUAUCAAUUUGCUGUGCUGCAGAACAACAUUCCCAAAUAUAUUCAUGAGGCUCAGUUGAGACCCUUUUAAUAUUUAUCUCGGCAUGCAGGCUUAAGAACAUAAUAGGCACAAUUAAGCAAGACAUAGUCAUUCCCACUAAAAGCAACAGAAUACGAUUUAGUCAUGGCUAGCUUAAAGCCUUGUUGAUUUCUAUGGGACAUGUUGAAACUAACUUUGGAUGGAUUGUACCCAUUAUCCACCCAUAGUUAAGCACUUUGAAAUCCCAUUGACACCUAGGGGGAGCUAGAUGCAAAAGAGAACAGAGCUCUUGCACCUUUGAUGUUUCCAACAGGAGUGAUUUCUCAUCAUACAUACUUAACACCUGCUGAAAUCCCCUUUGCUAAAUAACAACCCUAAUUCUACACAUCCAUUAAAGGUCUGUGAGUCCUGACUUCCUUUGCAUCUGGCCACCCUACUGAACCACAUGUAGGGCAAGUUGGGGUGAUGUGAGCCAGAAAAAUAUUAUUUUACCUUACUGACUAUGCACAGAAGGACACCGGGGAAAAUUGGUAGCCCUACUGUUGUAUCUUUGCUGAUUGUAGGUUACGUUUCUGUGCAUCCAGCUUGAACAUUUUGAUGUUUAUUCUUCAUUUAUUUGAAAAAAACAACCCUUUCUGGAUGAACCAAUUUUUGCCAAGAAUCUAUUUCCUGCUUCCACCCUUCAGUUAGUUAUGUGGCACUCAAAUUUACAGUGAUUAGCUUGCAUAUCUGUGAGGAACUAAAAUUUUCAAAAGUCUAAAAAAAGAGAGAAGUAACCAAAAUAAGUGUUACAAAGUGUAUUUGUUUUAUAAAUCAACAGCUCGAAUAUUAUGGAACAAUCUACAUUGGAACCCCGCCACAGAAGUUCUCUGUUGUUUUUGACACUGGGUCAUCCGAUCUCUGGGUACCAUCUGUCAAGUGCAGUAGUGAGGCAUGCCGUAAGUAACUGAGUACCUCAAUGUAGUCAAACAUGUUAGUCAGAUGUAAAAGUGGUGGUGGGGAGCUAUAAGGAAUGGGCUCAUUAUUUCACAACCAGAAAUCCGGAGUCUGGUUGAGGCUAUAAUUCCAGUUACCUAGGACUCACUGAAUGCACAGGGACUUGCUUCUGAAUAAAUAUGCAUUGGAUUGACGAGUGAGCCUCCAAUCCUAUAUACCCACUUUCCUGGAAGGAAGUGCCAUCAAAGUCCAUUAGAGGCAUUACUUCUGAGUAAACACACAUAAGAGUAUACAAGAAUAUCAAGUGGACUUGGUUGUGUGAAACUCAAUUCCCAUCAUCGAACACAGACAUUUUUAGUUAAUGGUACGAAAAUGUUAGAAUGAAUAUAUGCAUGUGUGUGGGGAGAGAGAGAGAGAGAGAGAGGGGGGGGAGGGAAAGAAAGAUUCAAGUUUCAGUAUCAGGGAAUCAUUUUGUAUUGGGUAAAAUUUAUUCAGUUAAAUAAUAAUAGCUCCCAAUUUUAUCUAAAUAUUUCCUGCAGGUAGACUAACAAGAUUGCUAGUAUUUUCUAAACACCCUUUACUUUAAAAUUUUACAAUAGUUUUAUUUUAUACUGUGAUUUCUGCCUGAUAUCUAUGAUUAAUUAAACACUAUUUUUAUAUCUAUUUAAUGCUUUCUUUCUUUUUUACUUUUAGUAAAACAUCGGAGGUUUGACUCAUCUAAGUCUUCUACCUUCCGCAGAACAGGAAAACACUUCCACAUUGAGUAUGGGACCGGAAGCAUGAAAGGAAUCUUGGUAUUUGAUACAGUUAAGGUAAACUAAUAGUAUUAUACAGGUACAGUACAAUGUUAUACUCAGCUAUUGGUUCUGUGCGUUUCCAAGGCCAGUGAAUCUCAGCCUGUUUGAAUGCUGGAACUCAAACUUUAAUGCAGGAAAAACAAAACAGCCCAUUAUUUUCUCUGGACACACACACACACACAUAUACAUAUAUACAUAAAUACAUAUGUAGAUCUACAUAUGUAGAUUAUAUGCUGCAGAUGGAUGCAUAUAAAGGAACUCAAAACAAAAUAUAUUUUAACUUAAUAGCUUUGUUUUAUUUUUUGUUUAAAAAGACUUUACUGAGUAAUCGAAACAUUAUACAAUACAACAAAAAAGAACCAACUGGUGACUUACUAUGAUAGUUCUGUGACACAUACUUAGAUAUCACUUCAUAUCAUAGAAAGGUUCAAUCCAAUAUCAAUCAAGAAAAUGAGAAUUAUUAUUAUUAUUGGGGGGAAGCAGAAAGGGCUACUGCCAAAUAAAAUAAAAAAUGGUGGGAACAUGCCAACCCUGAGUUUGAUUUUUAAUAUACAUCAAAGCAUUCCCCACAUAGCAGCAUAGUCCAUUGAUUUCUUGAUUUUUAAUUGCCAUUGUUAGCAUCAAAGUAAUACAAAAUUGAAGCAGUACAAAAUCAUGGGAUCCUGAAGUAAAUGUCAAUGAAAUUGUUGAGAUUUACUUCUGAAUAAAGACGUUUAAAACUGGGAUGUAAGUCACUCUUACCCGCUAUCCACAUUUGAAUAUUAUUCUCUGGAAAGCCAAAUUCCAUACAUGUUUAAAAAGAAAAGCAAGACAGAACACUGCUUGAUGAGGUUUCCUUUUUGUUAACAUGCACAGGGCUGCACCUUCAAUACAUCGUGUGUGUGUGUGUGUGUGUGUGUGUGUGUCAAUAAGCAGAUGAACAUCACUAGUAGAACCCUGCUCUGUACUUCACAGCUUGAUAUAAAAGUAAGGAGAUACUUUGCUUCUCUCCUAGGUAUCCAGUCUUUCCAUUUCUCAUCAGGGAUUUGGCUUGAGUACCACUGAGCCAGGUAAAGCCUUUGUCAACACGCCAUUUGAUGGGAUCCUGGGCUUAGCCUACCCCUCCCUUUCUGAAGAAAAAGCAACUCCGUUCUUUGAUAGCCUGAUGAAGGAAGGCUUGCUUGAGAAACACCAAUUUUCUGUUUAUCUCAGCAGGUAAAUACUAUUUUGCUUUACUGCUAAGUUGAUUUGUUGACUGCGCCAUCUUGCUCUUUGCUCCUUGAAAGAAGAGCUUUGCUUUAAGGGAAGAGCCAAGUUCAGGUGAACUAUGUUGAUUGGGAAGGUAGAGAGUUGAGGCUGAGAGUGAAGACGGAGAGCAUUCUAUAAUUUAUGUAAAUGCAGAAUAGGAAAUUAGAUUAUAUCUCAUCAGUAUAGCUCACAUCGCUUUUGAUUUUAAUUUAAUAUUGGAUCACCUUGAGACCCUCCUACCUAAAACCACUUAUGGAAUCUUUGUUCCCAAUUGCAACGGUACCCCAUCCAGAAUAAUGGGAGGACAGCAUUACAAAGACCUUUUCACCUGACUAUUUCUAAGGUCAAGUAGUCAGCAAAAUGUUAUGAGUUGUGAGAGGCGUAGGCUGUAUGGCAAGACCCUUUUAAUUCCUGGAUCCAACAAGUGUUAAAAUCUAAUCAAGGAUUCGAAUUCCUGGAAUAGCUAGGCUAGCUUCUUUGCUGAAGUGAUAGCCUAGGUGAUGAGUUAUCCAGGCAACAAAGGAAGGAUCUCUGUGCUAGCCAGCAAAUAAGUGGGACCCCCUCCUUCUACUUGCUAGUAGUUAGACAGACAAAGGCCAGAGUGAAGGGUGGAGUGAUGUCAGCUAGCCUUUCUAGGGCAGAAGGCAGGAAGGCAAACAGUAUGUGGAAGCAGAGCCAGUCACAAGCAAAGACAACCAAUUCUCGCUUUCUUCCACAUUCUCCUCCCUGCUGUGUAUAUAAUGGCAGCAGUAAGCCUGACUGAGGGGAAGGCAUCUCACAGGCAAUGACACUCCCUGGACUGGGUGCAAGCAAGCAAGCAAGCAAGCAGGCAGGCAGGUGAGGCUGGCUGGAGGUAAACUGAGGUUGGUGGAGUAGAGGCCCCUUCUGCAGAAUGGCCUCCACUGCUCCAAACUGGCUUCCUUAAAAUCACAAUGAAAACCAAUUAGGGAAGAACAAAUCUUAUGAAGAUUAUGAAGGGGGAAGUUAGUGUGUGAUGUACAAAGCAGAACAGGAAGCAUGGUGAUAUGGAGAACAAAACAGGAAAAGUAUACAGUAUUAACAGCAUUCACGUUUCAGAAUCUUCAUUGUUCACAAUUAGAUACUGGUGCAUUACGAAUGUUCCUUUCUUUUUUUCCUCUUUCGGUAGUAAUUUGCACAGAGGUACAAGAAUAUGAUACAUUCGUUUUUUAACAUGCAGUUCAACUUACUCUGAAGUUGAAGGCUUGGUAACAACACACCAUAUAUUCAUGUUUCAGAAAGAAAAGAGGAAGUGAGUUCAUUUUUGGUGGAAUUGAUCAAUCUCACUUUACUGGUCGUAUUAAUUGGAUACCUGUUAAUUAUCAGUCUGGUUUUUGGCAGAUUGCACUAGAUAGGUAAGCAGGAAUUAUUAUUAUUAUUAUUAUUAGUUGUUGUUGUUGUUGUUGUUGUUGUAGCAUUAAGGUAUUCUUAACAUAUGGACUGCCACAAGGGAAAGUAGCUGCCGUCUACAAUAACACUGGAAAAUUUUUGUGACUAAUAUUCAUUGGCCAAAUCUAUACUGGUCAGUUAUAACAUUAAAAUGUGUUAUAAAAAUAUGACACCAGUGCUGUGCUGUAGAGAAGCAAUCAGUUGGCAAUGGGAAAUUACAUUGAGAGCUAUGUAACUUUAAAAUAAAAUCCUUCUAUUGUGUUUUUACAUAUCAGUGCAGAUCCAGCCCUAGUUAUUGGCUAGCUAAAAAUAUAAGGCACAAAAGGAAAUGAAGAGAAGGAUUUGCAAUAAAAUGUAAAUACUAAUAUGCAGUUUACUUUGUGUUUGCAAGAUGUCAGUUGUUAGGAUGAAUUGUCAAUGUUAUUAUCAUUUUAUUUAUUUAUUUAUUUAUUUAUUUAUUUAUUUAUUAUGUUGAUGGUGAUCUACAGUGUAUAUAAGGACAGGUUCCUGCCCUGAAGACCUUACAAUCGAUAGUUCAUGCAUUUUGCUUUACUACCUUCUACAGCUUCCAAUAUGUGAUGUAAUAUUGGCUAGUACAACGGAGAACCUAAGCUGCAUAGGGAUGGAUAGCUUCCUGAAACCACUUAUCAUAUCCCACUAUCCAUUUUGUUUUAAGUCCAUGUUUGGGGAUGGAUAGUAUGUCAGUGGUAGGGCCUAUGUUUUGCAUGCAGAAGAUCCCAGGUUUAAUAACUGAUAUCUCCAAACGUGGUUAGAAGAACCCCACAUUUUAAAUCCUGGAGAGCUGCUGCCAUUCACCAUAGACUAUAUUGAGCUCGAUGGACCAGUGGUCUGAUCCAAGGCAAGUUCUAUGUCUUACUCUAAUGAUUUCUCAUUUCUCAGCGUUUUAGUGAAUGGUACAGAGAUUGCCUGCAAAGGUGGAUGCCACGGAAUCAUUGAUACAGGGACAUCCCUCUUACUUGGCCCAAAAUAUGAUAUGAUUAAAAUCGAAAAAGCCAUUGGAGCCACUCCAACGUACUUUGGCAUGGUAAGUUUUACUUUCUGGCCAUUGUCUUCACACAGUAGCUGAAAGAGACCCCAUAUCAUUAGCUGAGCUCACAAUUCAGAUACAUGCAGAGUAAGGUGCUUAAGAUUAUGCUUGACCUUGGAUUCCUUCUUGCAUCCCAGUCCUAGUCUUCACAGUACUUCAUGGCAUUGCUCAUGCACACUAAUGUGCCUGAGCAUAGGGGAUAUGGCAAGCAAGGCUUUGUGAGUAUGUAGUGAGAGUGCAGUAAGGAGAGGCAAUGGUAAGAGCAGGAAAAGGAAACAAACUGGGGUUUGGCUGGACCAGUGUGACAUCCAAUGAAAAAAUGGGCCUAAUGUUGAAUUAACAAAGUUAGCUGAAGUGAGGAUAUGUUUUUCAUGGGUUUAUUGGCUCUUGGCAAAAGAGGACCUUUAAGAGUUAUGCAGAAGAAGGAAGUUCAGCAGAUGUACCUUGUCAUGCAACCUUAAACUUGCGGAAGGUCCUUCUUCAGUACAAAUAUGAAAUGUGCACAAUUCUUUUGCACUCCAUCUGCAGAGAGAGGGGGGCAGGCUUUGCUGCUAUUAUCUAGUACCAUUGCCUCUCCUCAAAAUAGUUGUAUUCAGAGUUGUGAUAUCUUUAUUUUCCCCAAACAGUAUAUUUCAAGAAAGAACAGACAUACAGAUUCAGUAUCUCAGCAUGUCAUCAUCGCCUUUAGAAUGGGGAAUUUGGUCUCAGAGCAGAAUUUAGAAUGGAUGGUUGUAUCAUCUGAACUGAGAGGAGAUGGUUUGGGAUAUGAAGACUGGACUCAAAGCUUUGAGUUUAUUUGUUUGCAAUCUUUGGCUAGAUGCCCUGUUUCCGUGCUACAAUGCACUGUUCAGACCUGUGUGCUACAUUUGAUGGUCUGAAGAGAAGUCCAGAAUACUCAACUUCUCUCUUAAGGUUCUUUCCUGAAAUUGACACUGGAACGAGUCCACUGUACUUCUUAACCAAGUUUGAGGUUUGCCAGUUCAUUUCCUUCAUCAUCAGAGCAACACAAGAACUCCGCUCUCUUCCUUAUCUUUUUCAGAGUGAAAUCAACUGCAGUAAACGCUCCAAUAUGCCAGAUGUUGUUUUUGUAAUCAAUGGAAUCCACUAUCCUUUGCCUCCAUCAGCCUAUACUCUUAAGGUACAUAAUCGUUCUCAAAUCUCAUUUACUUGCCAUAAGAAUGCAAAUUCAAAAGGGGUUGGGGCAGAUUUAAAGUGCAAAAUCUUUAUGAACACAUGGGCUGAAAACAGAAAAAAUGGAAUAAAUAUUUAGGGGGAAAUAAUAUCAGAUAUGCUGAAAAUGUCAGAAAUGCUGGGCUAAUACAUGCAUGUCUGAUAGGGAAAAAAUCAAUGCAAAUUCGGAUAACGGCUCUGUUCUGCUGAGCAACAUCCCGAUUCCAUACCAACAUGAUUUAUUGAUUGUAUUGUAUCUCUGUCUACAGAUAUUUUAUCUCUGACCACAGAAUAAUUAUCCCUAUCCCCGUUAGUGCAAAACCUGGGUGCCCACUCAUCCUCAGGACGCAUCUUACAUCUUCCAUCAAAAUGUAGCAAUGUAUCUAUGGAGCACUCAGGUGUUCCAAGUAUUUGCAUGGAAGUUGUAGAGAAGACAAAAGGUGGAAGCAAACACUAUUUUUCCUCCCCUCGUUUCCUCCUUGUGGUGAUGAGGCAUUCUAGAGAGUUUCAAAAUCCCAUGGACCAAACAGGAAUGUGGAUGGGCCCAUGCUAUACACCUGUACUGUCACUGUCUCUUGCAUUCACUUGAAUGCUGCCUUUGUGGCAGGGGGCAAGGCAGGGGAGGAGAUAGGAAACCAUUCUCUUGUGCUCUUCAUCAGCUCCACAGGGAGGAGCCAUAGCUCAGUGGCAGAGCAUUUGCUUUGCAACUUGAAGAUCUCCAGCAUUUCCAAGUAGGGCUGGCUAAGAUUUCUGCAUGAAACUCAGUCAGUCGAACUGUAGACAAUACUGUUCUAGAGGGCCAGUGGUCUGACUCAGCGUAAGGCACCUCCCUGUGUCCCCAUGAUUCCAAUGGGAGUGUUCCCCACCCCCACCCACUACCUUUGUAGGCAAAAAGCAUUUUGGAAUUGUGGAGGAUUCCUAUCACUUUUCAAUACUUUGCUUAUUUGUACAGUUCUCUGGCUUGUAUUGAUUGGGAGAUCAUCCUGUUGAUUAAGAGACCAAAUACAUAAUGUACAGUCUUGUGCACUAUUACUAUUGUACUGUUGUUGUAUCUACAUUAUUUAUCUCCUUUGGAGACUUUUUCAGGAGAAACUCUUCCUUCUUUGCACUGGAAUGUUACUGUAUGCAUUGUUACCCAAUUACUUUCUGGGAUGAAAUUUUUGUAGAACCUCCUGCAUGUGAUGACUAUCCUUUUCCUUCUCUCUAGGAGAAACAAGGCGGCUGCUUUAGUGGUUUCGGAUACUCAUCUGAUGGCAGUUGGAACCUAGGAGAUGUGUUCAUCAGAGAAUACUACAGUAUCUUUGACCGGGAGAACAACCAAGUUGGACUGGCAAAGGCAAUCUAAAAUAAUUGUGCCUUUUAACAACAGCAAGUGCUGUAAUCGUUCAUCUAAUUGACUUAUGCAGAUAGCAUUUUAACUUCAUAGCCAUGUAUUUGAGCUAAUAAUAGCAACUCCAAUAAUGUCCUUUAAAAAGUAAUAUUUGGUAGCACUGUUGUGGCAUAUAUGAUCUGAAAAUUAUGAAUUUCAAAUAAAAAAACUGUC